CUUGCGUUUACGGUCACACUGGCGUCCCCUCGAUUUAUUUUGUGAAAUUAUCAAUAUUUUGUGAAAAAAAUGGGAUCCUCGUCGACUGGAAAAAAACACAAAAAGGACAAGAAGAGCAGGCACCGGUCGCGCUCGCAGGAAGAGGAAGAUGCAACCCUCGACCUCACCGACGACUCGGGGUCGACGCGUCACAGACACCACAAGCAUAAGAAGCACAAGGACAAAGAUAAGGAGCUCCGGGACUCCUACGAACACAGGGAGCACCGCGAGCAUCGCCACAAGCACCACAAGCACAAGGAGCGCGAGCGUCCAAGCGAAGUCAUCUCUUUGGAGGAAUCGGACUCGGACAGUAACUCUAACCUGUGAUUCUUCUUUGCAGGUUCGGAUUGUGUGGAGGUCCCGGUGCAGGGUGAACAGACCAGGCUGAAGGAGUCGUCCAACCGCGACAGGGAACGUGAAUCUGCUCGAGAACGGGAGCAACUGAAGGAACGGGAGCUCAGAGAGCGGGAGAAGGAGCGCGACAGGGAGCGGGAGCGGGAGCGUGAGGACCGUGAACGCGAGAAGGAGCGCCUCAGGGAGCGCGAAAGGCAACUAGAUCGCGAAAGAGAACGUGAACGGGAUCGCGAUCGCGAUAGGGAGAGGGAACGGGAACGAGAACGAGACCGGGACCGAGAGAAGGAGCGCCUCAAGGAGCGGGAAAAGGAACGUGAACGAGAGCGUGAUCGAGGAGAACCUACUGCUCCACCUCCGCCCCAAAUCUCCAGGCAUGCUGACUACGAGUCCCGGCGAGAGCGAGAGAUCGAGCGGGACCGAGAGGCCCGUAAGCGGUCUGGAAGGGAAAGGGAGCGGGAGCGGAACCGCGAACGUUCGCGUUCAAAGUCUCCGCCGUCAGCGGCUCGCAAGCCCUCAACCUCUUCUCGUUCCUUCUCGCCCAUACCCGAAAAUGGUGCUGGCGAUGUCCUGUCCAUCGAGGAGACCAACAAACUCCGUGCCAAGCUGGGUUUGAAGCCGCUGGAGGUAGAUAGUGGGCCCAGCAAGGUGACGCCUUCCGCCGGAAGCAGCAACAGUCAGCAGGAGGCCAAGAAGGCUUCUGGCGAAACGGCUGAUCUCUCCUCCUACAAAGACGAGUGGGGCGAGUUCCUGCACAAGCCGGCCGACAACCUGAAGGAGAAAAAGGAGGCAGAGAAGCUGCGCGAAAAGCUGAACCAGCGCAAGGAGAAGCGAUUCCUAGAGGAGCGUUUGGCUCGCAUAAAGACACUUGGGGAAUCCGACGAGGAAACCGACAAUGUGUCCAAGUGGGUGGACAGGAAUAAGAGGGUGGUUGAUGCUCGUGAAGAAGCCAAGCGUAAGGCCAAAGAAUUGGAGGAACUGGAUGAAGCCUUUGGAGUAUCUGAGCUUCUGGAGCAGGAGAAACGGAAGGCUCGUCAACAGGCUUAUGGCGAUAGGAAUUUGAAGGGUCUGCGGGUGGACCACGACAUGGAUGACUUCGGCGAAGGACGAACAGUCAUCCUUACUCUAAAAGAUCAGGAUGUUCUCAACGAGGAGGAGGGCGACACUCUGGUCAAUGUCAACAUGCUCGACGAAGAGCGCUACAAGAAGAACGUGGCCAACAAAAAGCUGAAUCCUCUCAGUUACGGCUACGAUGUGUACGAGGAGCAGUACGACGAGCUGGGCAAUCCUAUCGAGCGUUCGGUUCUGGAAAAGUACGAUGACGAGAUCGAGGGGCAGCCGAAGAAGCGCAAGAACUUUGUGAUUGGCGAGAACGUAGAAGAGGAGAAGGAACACAGACGGAAGCUGUUGGAGAUAAAAACUAAGCUGGCUGGAAAACGUUUGGAAACCUUGGAGGACACCAACUUGCAACUGGCAUCGGAUACUUACAGCACAGAAGAAUUGGCCAAGUUUAAGAAGCCCAAGAAGAAGGUGAAGAAACUGCGCCAGAAACUUAAAGCUGAGGACCUUGAGCCUUUGCCGGAGGCUGGAACUUCAUCCAACUUUGGCAGUCGCCAUGGACGCUAUCGGGAUCAAGAGGAUGCUGAGAUGGAGGACGUGAAGCCAGAGAUCAAACUAGAACUGGAAGAUGACGACUUGGAGCGGGUUCUGUCCAAGGCUCGCAAACUUAAGCAGAAGGAGAACAUUAUUAAGAAGCCGCUGCCCAUUGACAUUGAGGCCAUUCAACGGGAAAUAAAGCCCGAGCCUGUGGAGGAGCCCAGUUCCGGGGUCAUUCUCACCGGUGUGGAUGGCAACAUUGUCCUGAACGCCACGGCCGAGUUUUGUCGCACUCUGGGCGACAUUCCCACCUACGGCAUGGCGGGUAAUCGUAACGAGGACUCCAACGAUAUGAUGGACUUUGAGAAGACCGAGCAAUCGGAGGAGCACAUGGACACGAAUGACGAGCCUACUCAUAGUCAUGGAACUUGGAAUUCCGUAAAUCCCGAUGAAGUCAUGCAGCCCGCCGAUUUGGAUAAUCUGGGUGAGGACCUAGAGGAUCGUGCCAUUCUGGACGAGGAGCCGGAUGUGGGCGCUGGUGUGGCAAAUGCCUUGCGCCUGGCCCUGUCCAAGGGCUACCUGGAGAAGGAGGAGAAGAACCGGCCAAGCAAUACCAAAAUGGCCCAUUUGCAGGCCAAGAACUAUUCCAUCGAGGACAAGGCAGCUGGUGAGGACGACAAGGUUAACCGGCGCGAUCGCUUCCACUCCGGGCCCAUUAUGGAGUUCAAGGACAAGGACGCCUUCAAGCCCAACGUCAAGCUGGACUACAUCGACGACAAUGGUCGCAUCUUAAAUCUGAAGGAGGCGUUCCGCUACUUGUCGCACAAGUUCCAUGGCAAGGGUCCGGGCAAAAACAAGAUUGAGAAGCGUCUCAAGAAAAUGGAACAGGAUGGGUUAAUGAAAACCAUGAGCUCCACCGACACCCCACUGGGCACUCUUACUAUGUUGCAGCAGAAGCAAAAGGAGACCAAAACCGCCUACGUUGUGCUCAGUGGAAGCAACAAAAAUGGGGUCGGAGUCAGUGGCUCUUCGAUAGCGAAAUUUAAGUAGAAAGGCACCAAGGAAUGCGACUUCAUUUACCCAGAUAACCAUAACCAAAUGCAAUAGAUACUUCCAAAAUCCGCGUACUAAUUAAAUACCUAACUAUGUCUUAACUCUCCAGCCAAGCAUACAGCCCAAAUAUGUAAUUCUCUUCAUAUUUAUUCAAAUACACUUAUGGAUUUAUCUCAAAA